CGUCAAUCAUUCUCAGGAGGAGGGGGAGGGGGGGGGAAUAAGGAUCACAGAAAGAGCUAGGCUAGAAGAGCUACUCAACAAGGCAAACAGCAGCGCUCUGCGAAAACCACUUUUACCCAUCCGCAUCCAACAUCAACCGGGGGCCAACGGACGACGUUAAAACCUGUCAGAUUUCUCACAUAAAUGUUCCUAUGGAUUACUAAUACACUUUCGUCGAAAAACAGAGGUGUUUCUCAACUUGACAGCAUAGCCUCAGAUUCGUUACACUGGUCACCUAGAGGACUCAUCGAGAGAUGAAGACUCUGGAGGAGCCCCCCUACUUGACAGUAGGGACGGAUGUGAGUGCCAAGUACAGAGGGGCUUUCUGUGAGGCCAAGAUUAAGACUGCCAAGAGGCUAGUCAAGGCCAAGGUGACCUUUAAACCAGAUCUGUCCACAGCUGAGGUUCAUGAUGAAAACAUCAAAGGACCUCUAAAGGUGGGUGCUGUUGUAGAGGUGAAGAAUCCGGAUGGAGUUUACCAAGAGGCCACAAUCAAUAAGCUGACCGAUGCUAGUAUAUAUACUGUUGUAUUUGACGAUGGCGAUGAGAAGACCCUGAGGCGUUCCUCUCUCUGCCUGAAGGGAGCGCGUCACUUUGCAGAGAGCGAGACACUCGACAGGCUCCCUCUCACCAACCCUGAGCACUUCGGCACACCUGUCAUCGGCAAGAAGGGCAACCGCGGCAGACGGUCGAACCCAAUUCAAGAAGAAGAAUUGUCUUCAUCCUCCAGCGAAGAAGAGGAGAGCGACCAGCGGCAGAAUGAGGAUCUGUUCGGGAAAGUGGUCUGUGUGGAGGGGGUUGCUACUGGGGAAAAAAAGAAGACCACGUGGUAUCCUGCUCUGGUCAUCUCUCCAGAUUGCCACGAAGACGUGACUGUGAAGAAGGACAACAUCUUCGUCCGCUCUUUCAAGGAUGGAAAAUUUAACACGGUGCUGCGGAAGGACGUCCGCGAGAUGAAUAGCGACUGUCCUCCAAAAGCAGACGCAGGGCUCAAACCAGCACUGGACGCCGCUUUGGAGUUCCUGCAGCAGUUCGUCGUGCCCAGCACCUGGAAGACUGAAGUGAAAGAAGAAAGUUCUAGCAGCGAGGAUGAGGAGGAGGAUGAAGAGGAAGGGCAGGAAGAAGAUGCCAGUGGCGAAGAAGAGGAGGAGGAAGUGGAGCCGUUCCCAGAGGAGCGGGAGAACUUUCUGCAGCAGCUCUACAAGUUCAUGGAAGACAGAGGAACUCCCAUCAAUAAACGGCCUGUUCUGGGCUACAGGAACCUGAACCUAUUCAAGCUCUACAGGCUGGUGCACAAACUGGGAGGCUUUGAUAACAUUGAAAGCGGCUCUGUUUGGAAGCAAGUUUAUCAGGAUCUGGGAAUCCCUGUGCUCAACUCAGCCGCCGGCUACAAUGUCAAAUGUGCUUACCGCAAGUACUUGUAUGGAUUUGAGGAAUACUGCACCUCCACCGCCAUCACAUUCAGGAUGGACCUUCCUUUGAAGCAGGCUCCCAAGGGGGAGGUCAAGUCAGAGGUGGAGGCUGGAGGGACCCCUCCCACCGCCUCCAGCUCAGAAGAGCAGAAAGCCCAGGUUGAUGGAGAACCUUGUGGCGCACAGUCUAUAGUCUGCAAGGACGAGAAGCCUGAUUUGACCCGUAACAAAAUGGAACCUGAUCCAUCAAAAACAGAGGGGAAGGACAGCGGAAACGACGAAGACGACGACGACGACGACGAGGAAGAUGGACCUCUGAAGGGAGACGCAGACGAGGGCUCAUCUACGGCUCACCUCGGAGCCGAGAACAUGAAGGAGGAGCGCGACGAGGAGGAGGAGAGCAAAGACAACUCUGGGGAUGACAGCAGUCAGGAGGGGGAGGAAGGGGAGGAGUUUGAGUGUUACCCCCCGGGGAUGAAGGUGCAGGUGAGGUAUGGGCGAGGCCGCAAUCUGAAGACGUACGAGGCCACUGUGAAAGAGGCAGACGUGGAGGGGGGAGAGGUGCUCUACCUGGUGCACUACUGUGGCUGGAACAUCAGAUAUGAUGAAUGGAUCAAAGCAGACAAGAUUGUGCGCCCUGCCAAUAAGAAUGUACCAAAAAUAAAGCACCGCAAAAAGAUAAAGAACAAAGCUGAGAGGGAGCGAGACAGGUUGGAGAGGCUCAAUGACAGAGAAGGCCUCGGCCCUUCGCCCAACGCUAGCCGCCUCCCACGCUCCAAAUGUGGCCUGAGUCAGGAUGUCUUUUCCAAGAUGGACGAGGGUGAGGACAAAGGGACUCAGCAGUCUCCAGUCAAGUCUAUAGAAAUUACUUCUAUCCUCAAUGGCCUGCAAGCCUCUGAGAUGUCCACUGACGAAAGUGAGCAUGAGGAUGAGGAGGGAGAGCAUAAUGAGGAGGAUCGCCCAGGUUGCAGAGGCAGCCCCAGAAAGGCCCCACCGGAGCCCCCGCAAACAUCAGAGUGCUGGGAGAGCGGGACCCCUCCUCAAGCAUCCAAACCUUCUCCAGUCUCAGGAAAGAACCAGGAUUUAGUCAGUGCAGAGAGUGGCGAUGUUGGGAAGCGCAGAAACCAACCGGAGUUAGAGGGAGAGGGGAGCAACAGGAAGAGGAAAUCUGACGGUGCAGCAGAGAGGACCCCAAAAGGCCAAUCCAAAGCAAAGACCCGGAGCACCAGGAGUGCUGACUGGUUGCCAGUAGGCUCUCCCAGGAAGCUGGAGGAAAGAGCGGCUGGUCCCGGGGAGGAGAAGGGAGCGUCGUCCAGCAGCAGUUCAGAUGAUGAGGGUGCGCCGAUGGCUGAAUCGCAGGUUGAGGAAAGUGAGCGGAGCCGGCAAAAGACCAAAGGUUCCCCUUCCAAGAAGUACAACGGGAUGAGGGAGAAGACCAAAGGUGGCAGACAAGCUGGGUUCUGGGAGAUUCCUGAAAAGAGGGCCAAAAUGUCUGGAAAUGCAGAGGAAAGGCCAGCUGUACGCUCUAAAGGCCAAAAGGAUGUGUGGUCCAGCAUCCAGGCCCAGUGGCCUAAGAAGACUCUCAAAGAGUUGUUCUCUGACUCGGACACAGAGGCCGCCAAUUCUCCUCCUCCACCUGUGCCCCCGUGUCUGGAGGAGCCGAGCGUCGAGCGGGAUGCUGGACCCGAGGACGAAGCCUCAGAGGAGCAGAUGGAAAAUGACAAACUACAGGAGUCUCCGAGCAGCGGCAGUAACUCUGUACUCAACACACCACCGACAACGCCCGAGUCGCCCUCAGGAGGAGGCAGCGCUGUUAAAGAUUCUGGUCCAGCGCAGCCUUCCUCCCCGCCACCGUCCAUACCCCCCGCUUUGCCUUCAGAGCCGGUUUCUGACGCUCUUCCCCCAGGACCUAUACAGGAGGAAGUGGCAGGUGGGCGAAGUGAGACCGACAGCAGCACGGUGGAAGUGGAGAGUCUGGGUGGGGAGCUGCAAGACCUCCCUCAGGAUGAGAGGGCGGGUUCCCCCUCCAAGGUGUUUGACGUCAGCCUCUCCUGCAACAGCAGCAGUAGCUGCAGCCUCGAACUGAGCAGCAGCAGCCAACAAGAGAGUGAACAGAAGGCCAAAGGUACAAUGUCUGCGAGUCAAAAGCGGCAAAAAGAAUCACAGACUGGUGGAGCCUCAAAGAAACACAAGCCAAGCCGUAAGAGCCUCGGUGUGCCUCCCAAAAAGAAUAGGAAAACAGCCGUCUUCUCUCCUCCAGCCAACAGCAGUGACAGUGAAGACCAGUCUGUUGUUGAGGGCACUGCCAAAUCAACCGCCUCGAAGAAUAACGCACCAGACGUGAAGGCUGCCGCUUCGCCCAAGUGUCACGGACGAUCCCCCCCUUCGAGCCAUAAAUACCACAAGCAGGGUGACGCCGACCACACCCAGCACCGAGACCACCACGGAAGAUCCCCUCGUGUGUACAAGUGGAGCUUCCAGAUGUCUGACCUGGAAAAGAUGAGCAGUCUGGAGAGGAUUUCGUUUCUUCAGGAGAAGCUGCAGGACAUCAGGAACCACUACCUCACCCUCAAGUCUGAGGUGGCCUCUAUCGACAGACGACGAAAACGCAUGAAGAAGAAGGAACGGGAAAGCACGGUGGCUGCUUCAUCUUCAUCGUCCUCCUCCUCCUCCCCGUCCUCCAGCUCAUUGACUGCAGCAGUCAUGCUGACUCUGGCUGACCCGCCGGUGUCAUCCUCAUCCUCCUCUUCUCAGAACUCUGGGGUAUCAGUGGAGUGCAGGUGACAGGACGAAUAAGCAAAAAGCCACCGCACUAAGCACUUAACCAGCACCCCGGGGUCACCGCCCCCAUUCCCUUCCAACAGGACAGACAAGUCAACCCACAUACUGUAACUACUGGGGCACAAAAACCAGACCAGAGACAAAAAAACAAACAAGAAACAAGCACUAUUUUCUAUUGACAACUGUUUCCUUGCGAGCUAAUGGCACUUAAGUGCACUUUUAUGAAGAUUGUGUAAGGGGAUAAAAUUUGUCAACAAAACGAUAUAAAAAAAAAUUGUCUUUUGCGCUCUUCUUAAUUGAACAUUUAUAAGAAUUGUUUUUGCAAGCAAUAAUUGUUUCCGUUUGAUAAAGUUGUAGUGGUAAGGGAUGAUUUCCAGUGAAGACCCCUCUGGGCUCUGUCCUUAGAGCCCAACACAGUACACAGCCUGUGCUUGCCAUGUUAUUGUGGGGAAUUCAGUGGAACACUGCCACAUUGGCAUUUAGAGCGUAUGAAAUGUAACUUUGCCACGUUUCUCUGUCCACCCUUACUAAAAAAGGCCUUCAUGUGGUUAAAUCUCAAGUGGUUGACAAUGCUUUUCUUACGUACAGGCAUGCGGUCGUGUAUAGGUUUGCAUUGAGUCAUGUAGGAUAGAGUUUCAGACCAUCAUAGGUCCACUGACAGCCUCAGUGGGAGAAAAUGGAAUGAUACUGUAGUGCCUUUUUGUUCUUUUCCAUGGGGCACUUUGAGAAAGGACAGCACCUUUUUUUUUCCAGAGUCUCUUCUCAAAUCAGAGGGUCAGCUGGAAUAAUGUGUCCCUUACAAAAGAAUGAACUGAAGAAUGCUGUAUAAGUGAGCAGGCAGUGAAGAGCGGAGUCUGUCAGAUAAUGAUGGUUUUUAUCAGCGUAUGGUACUAUUUAAAAAGUAAAAUUGUAAAAGCAGAGCCAUACACUGUAUAAAAGAAGUAGACGUAGCCACCGUGACGUCACUCGUUGGGUUGUGAACGACUGUUUUGAAGCCUCGAAUUUGACUUUUUGGCCAUCCUCAUCUUGUUUUUUUGGAGCCAGAAGUGACCAUAUUUGGACAAGUGGGUGGAAUUUAGCGGACUAACGCUAGCACUAGCUAAAUAGCUAUAAUCCACGUUAACUGUGAUAUAAAUUAGGAUGCUAAUUUUGGCUAGUGGGAAAAAAAAAUUAUUUACCGAAAAAAAUGAACAGUUGACUCUUUAGAGUUUCUUUUAGUCAGUUAACAAGACUUUUAGGAGACCAAAACGUCACAAACUUCACCUUCAUGAACUGAAAACAAAAACAAACUGAGAGGGUCAAAGUUUUAAGACAAAAACACUAGACUAGUCAAUCACAAGGUGGACAUGUCUACUUGACUGUAAAUGGGGCCAUAAUUAAUAAUAAAUCAAGUGAGAAGUAGGGCCAUUUUCUCAUAGACUUCAAGAAUACAGGUUUAAGGCUCUUCCGCAGUGGCUUAACCUUUUAGACCCGGUGGCUACGUCCACGUCUUUUAUACAGUCUAUGAACAGAACUAUACUGUAAACUACUACUGAAUGCUCAUCCAUCUUGGGUGCAACUAUUUAGUUUGGCAGUAUAAAAUGUGCAAUGAUGGAGGUGGUGUAUCCAGUGGUCACAUUACUCCAGAUCAUCCACCUUUUAAAAGCCCAUCUGCUUUAUUUGAUUAUGUUUCCAUCACCCAUAUAAUCCCUCCCGGUCCAAUCAUCUUCACUGAAGAUUUGCAACUGGAUCAAGUUUCAGUGAAGGCUAGGAGGUAUUUGCAGCAUGUACUUAGUACUGCGGAACACAUGAAGCUGAAUCCCACAUUUUGCUGUAAUUCUAACAAACAUGAAGUUAUGUAAUGAAGUAUAUUUUUUUUGCUUCAUUAAAUAAAGCAACAUAUACUCUUUUGGCAUCUUACUAAUUUUACUCAUUGACAUGCCAGCUUCUUCUCAUACUCAUCUCUACCAAAACAUAUUUGUUCUGUUUCCUGUACUAUGACCAGAUCAAAGGUAAAGAUAUUGUAAAUUUGCAUUUAUAUCAUAAAGUGACGUAUGUGUAUACAUUUCUGAAGACAUCUCCUGUGUUUCCUUUGUAUAAACCCCCUACUGUAUGAUAACCUGAAGUUACAUUUUGUUUGGCACAUGUAAUUGUAUGCUUUUGUUAUACAUUUGUAUAUUGAGACGUGUUUUGAGUCAAGCUAUUUAAUAUCUUGCACUGUUAAUAACAUGUACCUUUCUGUACAGACAGUUUUACGGUUUUAACUGUAGUUUUGAGUGUAAAUAUUGAGGGUUACAGCAUGUUUGUUCUCCCCUUUGUCCUUGUUCUCUUGUAGGAACAUAUUUUUUUGAGUUCAUUUAUGUUGUUUUCUGCUUAUUUUCAUCAGUUUCAAUACUUUGCUGUUUUAUUUUAUGUUUUGCUUUAGUUUGUAUUGUUUUGUUUUUCUAUAGCUUGUGCUUCUAAGGGAAGAAUGGUGGUUUUAUCAUGCGGCUGAACUAUUUUCCAACCUGUACAUGGCCCGAAGCUACAGCUGUAUGAACCUGUAUAUGGAAAAUAGUCUGGAUAAUAGAUUAAGAGAAAGUAAUAGAGCUUAUUGAAAAAUGCUCAAUAGUAUUUAUUAGGCUCAUCUGAUGAUGGUCAUUGUGUAAUUUAUUGUAAAAAUGUAAGCAAAGCAGAAGCCUCUGUUUGAAAUAAAUGCCAUAGUUUGUGAAGUA